AUGGAAUUUGGACAUCCUCCACCGAAUAUGGGCAUGCCCCCUCCUGGCAUGGGUGGUCCUAUGGGUCCACCAGGUCGUAACAACAUCCGUCAUAAUUUUAGACCUUUCAACUAUCAGAUGCGCUUCCCACCUCAAGGUCCCCUGAACAUGACUCAAGAUGACUUUGAUGGUAAACGUUUACGUAAAUCUGUUAUGCGUAAAACAGUAGAUUAUAAUGCCGCCAUUAUUAAAGCUUUAGAAUGUCGCGUUUGGCAAAGGGACUGGCGAGAUAGGCACGCCCUUCAACCUGAUGCCAUGUAUACUCCAGACCUUUUACCACCACCUUCAUACCCUGAUAAUCCAAUUAACGCCGUCACAACACGAUUUGUUAAAACUGCUACUAAUAAAAUGAGAUGCCCUAUUUUCGCUGUAGCAUGGACACCAGAAGGACGAAGGUUAAUCACAGGGGCAUCAUCAGGAGAAUUCACAUUAUGGAAUGGUCUUACAUUUAAUUUUGAAACCAUUCUACAAGCUCAUGAUUCACCAGUUAGAUCAAUGGUAUGGUCACAUGGAGAAGGUUGGAUGGUAACUGGUGACCAUUCUGGAUUCAUUAAAUACUGGCAAAGCAAUAUGAACAAUGUUAAAAUGUAUCAAGCUCAUAAAGAAGCUGUGAGAGGAAUUAGUUUUAGUCCUAGUGAUUCCAAGAUUGUUACUUGUUCAGAUGAUGGUACUCUUCGUAUAUUUGAUUUCUAUAGAUGUCAAGAAGAAAGAAUUUUAAGAGGUCAUGGUGCAGAUGUAAAAUGUGUUCAAUGGCAUCCAACAAAAGCUCUCAUUGUAUCAGGGAGUAAAGACAAUCAACAACCAAUAAAGUUAUGGGAUCCUAAGUCAGGAACUGCUUUGUCAACUUUACAUGCUCAUAAAUCUACAGUAAUGGAUUUAAAAUGGAAUGAUAAUGGUAAUUGGCUGAUAACUGCCUCACGGGAUCAUUUGCUUAAACUAUUUGAUAUACGAAAACUUGGAACUGAACUUCAAGUAUUUAGGGGACAUAAAAAAGAGGCUUCCAGUGUAGCAUGGCACCCAAAUCAUGAAGGUUUGUUUUGUUCUGGAGGUUCAGAUGGUGCAAUUCUAUUCUGGAAUGUUGGUACUGAUAAAGAAGUGGGAUGUAUAGAAGGUGCUCAUGAAUCAAUUGUUUGGACAAUGGCCUGGCAUCCUUUGGGUCAUAUAUUAUGUUCUGGUUCCAAUGAUCACACAUCUAAAUUUUGGACUCGUAACCGCCCAGGAGAUCAAAUGAGAGACAAAUAUAAUUUAAAUACUCUGCCUCCUGGAGUACAAGAUGAUCAUGAUUUAGAAGAACCAGCUGUAAUACCUGGUAUGGGUCCUGAAGAUAAAGUAGAAAUAUUUUCUUCUGAUACAGAUAAGGUUAUACCUGGGCUAGAUUUAGACACAACCUUUGUACCAAUGGAGUUUGAAAAGAAAGUCAAGAAAGUACCAUAUAGUAAACCUAUACCCAGAAACUUCCAAGCUCAAUGGAAUCACGGUCCAACUGUAGAUGAUUCUGCUACUGAGGCUUUAACUCAAGCUUUAGUAGAAUCUGUUCCAGGUGCUGUACCACUUCAACAAUUGACCCCAUCUGCUAUAUACAUUUAUGGAAAAUUAAUACCUGUUGAACCUGGCUCUAAACUUGAAAAAGCAAUUUUAGAUGGUCCUAUAGCAUUAAAAAAAUAUAUUGCCACUGGUGAAAUAGAGGAACUACAUGACAUGAUGCCUCAUUUAGAACAUGAUGCGGAUGAAGAGAAUUUCCUACCAUUUGAAUAUCCUGCACCAGAUAAUGAGCCGGAAGUUUCUGAUGAGGAAAAUAAAGAAAAAGAAGAUUAUGAACGAGAUGAAUAUUUUGAAAAUGAAAUGGAUACUAGUGAACAAAAUGAUCAAGAGAACUACAAUAACUAUGAUAAUGGAUCUGAAAUUAACAACAUGGGACCAAUAAACAAUUUGCCUCAGAUGGGGCUUUUGAGACCUCCAAUGCCUAUGAAUAUGGGCCCUAUGAGACCACAAAUGGGUCCUCCAAUGAAUCAUAUGGGGCCUAUGAAUAUGCCACCACCACAUUUAGCUGGUAUGCCGCCAAUGGGUGCUAUGCCUCCUAUGGGUAAUAUGCCUCCACUGGCCAAUAUGCCUCCGAUGGGCAAUAUACCACCCCAACCUCCAUUCCCAGAUAAUGGCUUUACUAAGAGUUCAUAUGAUUCUAGUUAUGAAAAUCAAUCCUUUUCACAGGAUAAUGAAGAAUAUAAUGAAGAUGAACCAUUUGACCAGAGUUAUGACGAUGAAAGUUAUAAUGAAGAAGAUGAUGUAAAUGAGAGUUUCAAUAGGAAUCAAAGGUGGAGUGGAAAUUAUAGAGGAAGAGGUCAAGAUAGAGGGAGGGCACAAGAUCGUGGUAGAAAUCAUGACCGUGGUAGAAGUCAAGAUAGAGGUAGGGGUCGUGGUAUGAAUGGCCAUGGAAUGCGUAGUAACCGUCGCAAUAAUAAUUCUCGUGGAUCAUCUUGGAACAGAAGAGGAAGCGGUUCUCACAGAACAUUUAGAAGAGGCAGUAAAUCAAUUUCUAACUAG